UCUUGUACCGGAGACGCCAAGUGGGAUCUCAGACCUUUUAUCAGCUUGUGCUCCCAGCUGAACUGCGUGACACAGUUUUGACCAGCCUACACGAUCAUAUGGGUCAUAUGGGGGUUGAUCGUACACUGGAUCUUGUAAGGACCAGAUUCUUUUGGCCAAAGAUGGCUCUGGAUGUCGAGAGAAAAGUCAAAACAUGUGGCAGGUGCGUACGGAGGAAGGCGCUGCCUGAGAGAGCUGCACCUUUAGUAAACAUUAACACCACCAGACCCCUUGAGCUCCUCUGUAUGGACUUCCUCUCCCUUGAACCUGACAAAAGUGGGACCAAAGACAUACUGGUGAUUACAGAUCACUUUACUAAGUUUGCGGUUGCCAUACCAACACCUAACCAAAAGGCCCGCACAGUGGCAAAGUGUCUGUGGGAGAACUUUAUGGUGCACUAUGGAAUGCCAGAAAAGUUACACAGUGAUCAGGGACGUGAUUUCGAGUCCCGCACAAUAAAAGAGCUCUGUCGAGUGGCCGGCAUACACAAAGUAAGAACAACCCCAUACCACCCUAGGGGCAACCCCGUUGAGCGAUUUAAUCGCACGUUACUAGACAUGCUAGGUACUCUUGAAAGCUCAGAGAAAUCUCGUUGGCGUGAUUUUGUAAAACCCCUGGUCCACGCCUAUAAUUGCACCAGGAAUGAGGUGACAGGUUUUACACCAUAUGAACUGAUGUUCGGACGUCAGCCUCGUCUGCCGGUUGAUUUGGCGUUUGGAUUACCAGUGCAAGGGGGUCAGCAAACAUCACACGCAGAGUAUGUGCAAAACCUCAAGUCACGACUUGAAGACAGCUACAAGAUAGCAAUUGAAAAUGCUGCAAAAAUAGCACUCAAGAACAAAAUGAGGUUUGACAGGCGUGUGACUGCUUCGGACUUGGAAGCUGGAGACCGAGUUUUGGUCAGAAACGUUCGCAUUCGAGGAAAACAUAAGAUUUCAGACAAGUGGGAGUCAAUUGUCCAUGUGGUGGUGAGGAGAGCAGGUACCCUGCCCGUCUAUACAGUCAAACCUGAAAAUCAGGAUGGUCCUUUAAGAACACUGCAUAGGGACUUACUCCUUCCAUGUGGUUACUUGCCUACAGAGGUCAGCAAGGCACCUGGCCAGCAGCCCGCAAGACGCAAGCCAGCAACCCGUGCAAAUCCUACUGUGGAUGAGAAUCAUUUCUCAGACGAUGAAGAUGAAAUCAUUCCUGUUUACUGUUUCAGAGAACCCCCAAAUGCUCAGUUUCCCACAGUCCAUGACAGUCUAGUGCAGCCUGAUCCAACUAUGUCUACUGUGCAGGAUAAACAGCAUUCUGAACCUCCGAGCAAUUGUCCUGUUGAGAGUCCGGUAAAUGCUCAAAAUGUUGAUUGCACUCCUGAAAUUAACAAACCACCUGAUAUGUCCAAUGGUGCCUCGGACAGUCCCCUCACACAUAAUGAUCCUAACUGUCACCACCACGACACUGAGGACCUACUUACCGAAAGAGUCAUGCUUGAUGAACAAGUUCAUGACAUCGUUAUGACCGAAAGUAACUUACCUGCUAGUAAAAACCCUGUGGAGGAACAAAACUUACCUGAUGAUGACAUUCAAAUAGAGCAGUUUCCAGUGUUCUCUGAAAUGUUAGAGAGUGAAAAGGAGAUGAGUCACAAUGGAGGUAAAGAACCAGAAGAGGAAAUAAAGGAUACAACAGUCAGGAGAUCAGAGAGAAUCCGUCAGCCGUCAAAGAGACUUGAUUAUACUGAACUUGGAAACCCCUUUGUCACAGUUGUUAAAUCAUUCUUCCAGGGGUUAACCACAGCUGUGGCUGACGUUUUAAGUGAGGGUGAAAACUCAUAUCCUUCUGUCCUGUACCCUGAGAUACAAACAGUUCAACCAUUGCCAUGUACAGGGACGUACAUGAGUUCAAAGGGGGAGAGUGUAGCCAGGUUUAAUAAUGAGAAGCCCUAUUUAGCUGUCUGACCCAGCCAUGAAAGGGUUAACUUUAAUUUUGUAUCUUUGAUGGACUUGUAAGUGAGCCAAUGGGUGAAUUGUAUGAGGCACUGAACUAACCAAUCAGCUGCCAGCUAGGCUCCGUUACAGUUACGCCUCUAGUUUUGCGUCACUGCACGUUCUUUUGGCGCUUGCACUUGAGCAUAGGAGGCUGCGUUAUCUGCUUGGUAAGAUGAGAAAACAAUAUGGAGUGAAUUAAACAAGUUCUGUAAUCAUUAUUGCUUAUACUGACUAUACCUUGCUGUAAUAUAGAGUGUAAACGAAAGCUGUGCCUGAAUCCACUGUUGUCAUGGAGCUAAAGGCAGUGAAUUCCGUUAAAAUGUAUCCUGUAGCAGUCCAUUUAUUCACUGAAUGGUAAUUGAAAGAAAUGAUUUGGCCUUAUUUAUAGGUCAGGUUUUGGUAAGAGUUGGGAACAUCGUGCAGAGAUCCUUUCCG